AUGGCUAUCCACCGUCGGCGCCACCACCACCACAACACUCAUAACCGGUUCCGUUACCUUAUUCCGGCUAUUUCUGUAAUUUCCGCUGCUAUUCUCAUCCUGUACGGUUUCAUCUCCCUGCUUGCACCUUCCCCUGACCAUCCCCACCAUCUUGUACGGCGGAAGACGUCCGAUGAUGACUCACUUCUAGUUCAUUCACUCUUCAAAGUUCCGAUCAGUGGUGGGAUGGGAAAUGAUCGAAGUUUAUGGAAUACAAGGAUGUCGAAAUUUUAUUUUGGAUGUAGUAAUGCCAGCAAUAAGUUUCCAAAAGUGGAAACAGUCACAUAUCCUAAUCGAUACCUAUUGAUAGCCACAAGUGGGGGUUUAAACCAACAACGAACUGGGAUUACAGAUGCUGUUGUUGCUGCACGUAUUCUGAAUGCUACUCUUGUUGUUCCAAAACUAGACCAGAAGUCUUUUUGGAAGGAUGCUAGUACUUUUUCAGAGAUCUUUGAUGUUGAGUGGUUUAUAUCACAUCUAUCAAGAGAUGUGAAAGUGAUAAAAGAACUUCCAAAGAAAGGAGGCAAGAUUUGGACUCCUUAUAAUAUGCGUGUUCCUAGAAAGUGUAAUGAGAGAUGCUAUCAGAUUCGUGUACUCCCUGUGCUUUUGAAGAAACAUGCUGUUCAGCUGAGCAAAUUUGAUUACAGACUUUCUAACAAGUUGGAGACAGAUUUGCAAAAGCUUAGAUGUAGAGUAAAUUAUCAUGCUUUAAGGUUCACUGAUCCUAUAAAUAAAAUGGGUCAAAAGUUGGUCAACCAAAUGAGGAAGAUGGGCAAGCACUAUGUUGCUUUACACCUGAGGUUUGAACCUGAUAUGCUUGCAUUUUCAGGAUGCUAUUAUGGUGGUGGAGAGAAGGAAAGAAAAGAACUCGGUAAAAUACGAAAAAGGUGGAAAACUUUACAUAGCAACAAUCCGGACAAAGAAAGGAGACAAGGGAGGUGUCCACUUACACCUGAAGAAGUAGGUCUAAUGCUGAGAGCACUUGGAUAUAGCAAAGAUGUUCAUCUUUAUGUGGCUUCAGGUGAAGUAUAUGGUGGAGAUGACACAUUGGCUCCUUUGAGAGCACUCUUCCCCAACAUUCAUUCAAAAGACACAAUUGCCCCUAAAGAAGAAUUGGAACCAUUUUCCGCCUUCUCUUCUCGUAUGGCUGCACUUGAUUUCAUAGUCUGCGAUGAAAGUGACGUUUUCGUUACCAAUAACAAUGGAAAUAUGGCAAAAAUUUUAGCCGGACGAAGGAGAUACUUUGGACACAAACCAACAAUCCGCCCAAACGCUAAAAAACUCUACCGUUUAUUCCUAAACCGAGAAAACACAACAUGGGAGGAAUUCUCAUCACGCGUACGAACACAUCAAAGAGGUUUCAUGGGUGAGCCAAAAGAAGUAAGACCCGGGCGAGGUGAAUUCCAUGAAAACCCCGCCACUUGUAUAUGCGAAGACCCGGAAGCCAAAUCAAAACUCGAAUCACUCCCUCGAAAAUUCGGUAAAAACAAUCUUAUCGACCCCACCGAUGAAUCAUUAGUCCCCGAUCAAGAUACCGAAAACGAAUCUGAACCGUUAGAUCAGGAUCAAGACGAAGAUGAUGAUCUCAUCGGGCCUCAAUUUCAACAUUUAGUCAACGAUACAAGUCUCGAUGAUGAUCCUUUGAUAUCUGAAUUACCCGAACUUGAAGAGUUGCUUUCGGAUUAAAUAAUCCUGGUUUUAACUUUUAAGUUUCGGUUCGUCUCCAUGUGUGGAAUAGGUAUUAAAAGUACAAGUCAUGAAGCACAUGGUACAAGCAUCCACACCCAAUCCUGAAUUCUUCUCUAUAAUAUUUGUUGUUUCAUUAAUAAUAUUACCGGGUUAUUAUCCUUUUUACCCAAAAAAAAAAAAAAAACCCUGAACCUGGACUGUACAGUGGUUAAUGCUCGCCGGGGGAUGGGUUUAUUAGAGUUGACAAAAGACGAGGAAUACAGCGGUUUGGUCCCCGACUAAAAGGGUAUUUGUUUGAAGGUUUUGGCUUUGGUUUACUUUAGGGUUUUUUAGGGUAACUUUGUAGAAACGUGUUGGUAGACUUUUUUAAAUAUCUUUUAUUGUAUUUUUUUUUUUGUUGUUUGUGGUAAUAUUUUGAUGGCAAUGUAGGAAUGUAUGAAAGUAGACAGAUUCUCGUUUUUGCAUUUUGUGAGUAUUUUCCUUGUAAAAUGUUCGUUGGCUGUGUUUUUAUUUUGUGG